AUGGGUGAUAGAUUGAAGUUGGUUGCCUUUGCUUUAAAGAAGUGGGAAAGAGAGAAAUUUGGUAGUGUCAGAAGAGUUGUUAAAGAGCUAAGGGAGGAGUUAGACAAUCUGCAACGACUAUACCCUUCGGCGGGGGUCCUUUUGCAACGUAAGGAGAUGGAAUUAAAGUCAGAUAAGGUUUUAGAGAAGGAGGAGAUCAUGUGGUGUCAGCGGUCAAGGGUUAAUUGGUUAAAGCAUGGGGAUCGUAAUACAAAAUUCUUUCAUAACUUUGCACGGCAGCGGGGGAGUGCUAACAAACUUGUGAGAAUACUAGGGGAGGAUAAUAGAUGGAGGUCAGGGCAGGUGGAUGUGGGGUGUGUCUUUGUGAAUUACUUCCGUCAAUUGUUUACAACUGGGAGUUCUGAAUUGAAUAUGGAGGUUCUUCACGCUGUAGAGGGUAGAGUUCCUGGUGAUCAUGCAACAAGACUUAGUUGUCCUUUUACUAGAAGUGAGAUUGAAAGGGCUUUGAAGGAUAUGUUUAAGUAA